CCCAGUUGGUUAACUGUUCCUUUGCUGUGUGUUCACUUGGGAGUGGCUACGCUGUCCUGAACCAGCCCACUCAAAACAAAACAAUUGCAGUGAGUAGUUUAUCUGACGUUAAUUCUCUAUCAUUAUUAUUUCUGGUUCAUUACAACGGGUAUUUGAUAGCCUCUCGCAAGAAGAAACGACGAGAAAAAUACAGGGGUAACUGCGCUGCAUUCUCGGUACGAAAUCUGCCAAGGGAUCUAUUCAACUAUAAUAACUGUAAAUGCACAUCUGCAAGACGCAAAGUCAACCACCCGAGACCUUCAUCGAUAAAGAGUGCCUACGCCUGUAUAUGAACAUGGACAAGGAAGGAUACGUGUGAAGAGGAAGACAGCAGAGAUUUUCUCUCAUUUUCAUACUGAAGUUUCAGAUCUUGUAACACAAUGACCACCUCCACAAUGGAAGCCACAUCCAUGCUGCCAGUCCUGAAGAAGAAACUGGCAUUUUUGUCAGGAGGCAAAGAUCGGCGCAGCGGCCUGAUCCUCACCAUACCACUGUGCACGGAGCAGACCAGCAUGGAGGAGCUCAGUGUCACGUUGGACUACCUCCUUGGCAUCCCCAGUGAGAAGUGCAAAGCACGAGGAUUCACGGUCAUUGUGGACGGGAGGAAGUCACAGUGGAAUAUUGUGAAAACAGUGGUUCUGAUGCUGCAGAAUGUCAUACCAGCAGAGGUGUCUUUGGUGUGUGUCGUGAAACCCGAUGAAUUCUGGGACAAGAAAGUCACCCACUUCUGUUUCUGGAAGGAAAAGGAUCGUCUAGGCUUUGAGGUCAUUCUGGUGUCGGCCAACAAACUGACGCGCUACAUUGAGCCGUGUCAGCUGACUGAAGAGUUUGGGGGGAGUCUUCUGUACGACCACAUGGACUGGGUCAACAAAAGACUGGUCUUUGAGAAAUUCACCAGGGAGUCCACAUCCCUUUUGGACGAGUUAGCAGUCAUCAAUGAAAAUGAGAAGUCCAACCAGCCAGACAAAGACAGACCACCAGAUUGUAACGCCUUGCCAUCAUUUGACCCCGAAACGGUUUUACAAACAGGCCACGAGUUGCUGUCGGAGCUGCAGCAGCGGCGCUUUAACGGCUCGGAGGGCGGCGGCACGGCCUGGUCGCCCAUGGACGACGAGCUGCUGGCGCAGCCACAGGUGAUGAAGCUGCUGGACUCGCUGCGGGAGGAGUACACCAAGUACCAGGAGGUGUGCCGGCAGCGCAGUAAGCGCUCGCAGCUGGAGGAGAUCCAGACCAAGGUCAUGCAGGUUGUGAACUGGCUGGAGGGUCCAGGCGUCGAGCAGCUCCGCGCCCAGUGGGCGAUCGGGGACUCCAUCCGAGCCUCGCAGGCCCUGCAGCAGAAGCACGAGGAGAUCGAGAGCCAGCACAGCGAGUGGUUUGCAGUCUACGUGGAGCUGAACCAGCAGAUCGCUGCUCUGCUAAGCGCCGGCGACGAGGAGGACCUGCUGGAGCUGAAGGCCCUGCAGCAGCAGCUGAGUGACGUCUGCUACAGACAGGCCAGCCAACUGGAGUCCAGGCAGAACGUGCUGCAGUCCGCCCACGAGUUCCACGGCACCGCCCAGGACCUGUCCCAGCAGCUGGACGGGCUGCUCGGCAUGCUCUGCGCCGACGUUGCCCCCGCUGACGGAGCCGCCAUCCAGCAGACCCUAAAGCACCUGGAAGAGAAGCUCAAGAGCGUGGAUGGCGCCCUGCAGGGUCUGAAGGAGAAGGGUCAGGUUCUACUGGAUCAAAUGUCCAAUCAGGCCUCCUGGUCGUAUGGGAAAGAGACUCCACAAGACAACAAGGAAAACGUCGACCACAUCCACGGCGUCAUGGAGGACAUGCAGCUCCGCAAACAAAGGUGUGAAGAUAUGGUGGAUGUCAGGAGGCUGAAGAUGCUUCAGAUGGUCCAACUCUUCAAGUGUGAAGAGGACGCCUCACAAGCGGUGGAGUGGCUAGGGGAGCUCCUGGAUGCUCUGCUGAAGACCCACCUGAGACUGGGGGAUGACUCACAGGAGACCAAAGUGCUCCUGGAGAAGCACAAGAAAUUUGUGGAUGUUGCACAGAGCACCUAUGACUACGGCAGGCAGCUGCUCCAGGCCACGGUGGUCCUCUGCCAGUCCCUGCGCUGCACCACGCGCUCCUCGGGCGACACCCUGCCCCGACUGAACCGCGUGUGGAAGCAGUUCUCCGUCACCUCUGAGGAACGCGUGCACAGGCUGGAGAUGGCCAGCUCCUUCCACGUCUCUGCAGAGAAGCUGCUGAAAGAGAGCCCAGAGCAGGCUGAGCUCAUGUUGGACCUGGAGAUGUGCGAGGAGGUGGUGGCGCUGGGGAAGUCUCUCCUGGACCGGCUCACCGUUCCUGUCAUAUUCCCCGACGGGAGUGAGCACUUCUUUGGCAGCCCUGGCGACAUGGCGUCAUCUGCGGAAAACAUCCGGGAGAAGAUGAAGGUGGUGGAGGAGAAGAGGGUCCAGCUGGAGGAGGCCGAGCCACUGCAAGACGAGGAAGCGCUAGAGACUGAUUCACAGGAGAGCUAAUGCCGCCUCAGUCGUGCAUCGUGACCCCCAUCGUGACCCCCAUACUACCCCCUGAGGGGAGCCUGGGCACCUCUUCCGGAAAAUCGCCUCACCCUCGCGUGCUCUAGGUGUCGGUUAAGUUUUUUUGGGUGGGGUGGCGAGUCGGUACGCUCACGCUCCUACCAUCUCAGUUAUACGCUGCCUUUGCCAGGUCAUCUUAACUUACCGAGUGCUGUUAAAGAUAGACAGCUCGCCGAAAUCCCCUACAUUGCUUUCAGUACAUGAAAAAAAAAGAAGACAUCCCAAAAAAAAGGAACAGGAAAGACUGCACUGAACUUCCUCCCCCUUUUAAAGCUUUACCUUUGCUUACUGGCACAUGUCUUUUGUAGGCUGGUGACUCAAGCUUUUUUUUUACGGUGCAACUAAACCUGUAGAAUGUACCGGAAGCACCAGGUCUGGCUUGGUUUUAACCUGGUGCUGUAGAGUUUCUUGGCCUCUUGGCAAACUUCUCAAUUGACAGUAAGCAAUGUAUUUUGUAUUUCUGUUCUGUUGCUUCCUGUUUUGCAGUACUUCGGUGUACCUAAACAGAACUUUUUAUUGAUUUUUUUUUUUAUCGUGCCAAUACAAGAACAUAAGGCCUUUAAAUUGGACACUAACUGCCAACCUAACUGGUUAAAGUUCAAACAACUAUGUGUUAAUGGAAGACAUCAACUAGCCUAUAAAGAUAAUUAGCAGAAGAUGUUAGUUGUGUGUAUCAAGGUACAAUAUAAAAACAAAGCCUUGUCCUAGGUUAGAACUGUGGCUUCAAGCUUUGUUUUGAAAAAUAAAAUGUGAAACACAAAUUAUGUUGCUCAUCUCAUAAUUGUCCCUCUAAUAUGUACUUUUCCUGCUUAUCGGGGCAUGCUGUUAUAUUAAUUCCAUAUUUAUUUUGUUUUGUAUUUUUAAUUGACAUGCCAUUAAAUUUGUACAAACCUUGGCAUUUUUACAUUUUAAGCUAAUUAUGUGUUUCAUGAACACAUGGGUUGCAAGAAAUAAAUUGGCAGAUGAACAGCAAACUGAGGAGAAAUAUGCUUAUUUUUGUGUUUGCUUAAUUUGUUUCCGUGUGCUUUCAUUCUGUACAGACAAUUAAUGAACUUUUUCUACAGUUUUUGUUGUUUUAUUUUGUUUUGGGGUGGCAUACAUCAAAUACAGUAUAUGCGUUACUUUUCAUCUCUGAAAUAAUGUAACACUUUUCAUUCAUAUACCUAAUUACUUCGGUAAUAACAGCUCUUCUCUGUGAGUGUAGAUGUGGUCCUGUGUAGAGAAUAGGGUGGUUAUUAAUUCGAUUUUCUGUUUAUUGGGAUGCAUGGCAAUUCAGUGUGAAGAAGCCUAUCACUCAUUUUCAUGUAAAUCCAGAGAAUAAUGGAAGAGUUUAAAGGACUUUGCUAUUUUUAAAUUAUGUCUAAUUAAUAUUAAGCGGAUCUUUGAAGAGCUUAUAAUUGGGAUUCAGAGAAGACUUAUUGUUUUUAUGAAGUCAAGCUUUUUUUCAAAGCCCUUUAUUUCUGCUUUGGCUUUCACCAGUUCAUGCCAUCAUUUUUGACAGAGUGAAGGCCGAUUAUGUGGUCAAGCACAUACAAACCGUUGUUUGUAGAAUGUGGAAGACAAUGGAAAGUCAUUUUGUCAGUAACCUCUAAUCCAACUUAUUAUACAAGUUAUUUCUCUACAGUUUGUUUUUAAUUAUUUCCAUGAAAUGUUAUAUAAUAGUUUACCCUUGCCAUUCGAAUCCUCUUGGCCCCGCCAACCAUACAGUGUUGUAUAACAAUAAUAAAACACAGAUACAGCUGGACUUGGAAAAA